UCGAACUGACAUUGUCUAUAGCGGAUGCUCUGGCGCUGGCUGACAGAAUCCGGCAACUCAAGGAAACGCUGCCGGGUUUGAGGGCAGACAGCGUGGGCGCGCAACGUAUGCCGGGUGACGUCGGCGAGCGAGUAGCGCUGGUAGCUGCACGAGACAUCCAAGACCGCGAGGUCAUCAUGACCAUCCCCGAGCAGCUUGCGGUCACCUCUCUGGACGCCUGCCAGCACCCGGCCGUGGGCCCCCUGGCGGCCCAGCUGGGCGAGCUGGCGGCGCUGGCGCUGUGGCUGCUGGCGGAGCGGGCGGCGGGGGCGGACUCGCAGCAUGCGGGGCUGCUAGCAACACUGCCGUCCGCCACGCUGAGUCCGCUGCUGUGGAGCGAGGCGGAGCUGUCGGCGCUGCUGGCCGGCUCGCCGGUGCUGGCGGAGGCGCGGACGCGGCGGGAGGCGCUGCGGCAGCAGUGGGGCGAGCUGGCGGCGCUCAUGCGGGAGCAGCCGGAGCGCUUCCCGCCGGACGUGUUCAACGAGGCCGCCUUCUACCGCGCCUUCAGUGUGGUGCUGGGGCACGCCUGCUUCCUGCCCGCCGCCGGCUGCUUCGCGCUGCUGCCGCUGGCCUCGCUACUGGGCCGCACGGGCAACGGCAACGGCUGCGACCUGGACUUUGAUGCGGAGGUGGGCGCGGUGCGGCUUACCGCCAGCCGGCCCUACAGAUCGGGUUCGGAGCUGCUUCUGAACGACGGGCGCCCCAACGGCGAGCUGCUGCUGUCCACCGGGGCGCUGCAGGACAACAACACCUCCGAAUUCCUCGCCUGGCCCGCGCAGCUGCUGCAGGCGGACCGCUACUUCACGCUGAAGCGCCAGAUCCUGGAGAGCAUGGGUUUCGGGGCGCAGGAGAGCUUCCCCGUGUAUGCGGACCGCAUGCCGGUGCAGCUGCUGGCCUUCCUGCGGCUGUCGCGGGUGGCGGACCCGGCGCUGCUGGCAAAGGUGACGUUUGAGAAGGAUGUGGAGCUGAGCCAGAUGAACGAGUACGAGGUGCUGCAGCUGCUCAUGGGCGACUGCCGCGAGCGGCUGGCGUCGUACGGCAGCUCCUACGAGGAGGACGUCAAGACGGCUCAGCAGGCGGAGCUGGGCGCCAAGGAGCGGCUGGCGGUGCGGCUGCGGCUGGGCGAGAAGCGCAUCCUGAACGCCACCAUGGACGCUGUGAGGCGGCGGCUGGCGCCCAUCCGGGGGAUCCCCACCAAGUCCGGUGCCAUGCAGGACCCCAACAGCGACCUGAAGGAGAUGUUUGAUGCGUUGGAGAGCCUGCCGUCCGCGCCGCUGAGGCUGCUGCAGGGGCUGGCCAGCUGGGCGCGAGGGGAGCAGGACCCGGAUUGGGGCAAGAAGCAGGGGCAGGGGCAGGGCCGCGGGAAGAGAUAGGAGGGUAAGGAGGAAGGAGGGAGGAGAUAGGAGGGAGGUAGGGUGGCGGAGGCUGGUGGUUGGGUUGAAGAGGGUGGGCUUUAGGAGUAUGUGUUUUGUGCUCAGGAGGCGGACAAUGCAAGAGGAUGGGUUGAGGAACAGUUUUGCGGGUGUGAAACCCUGUGUUGUUUCUAUGGUUUCCUACCUGUUUGCAGGAUGCAAGUAAUAGCCGUCUCCUGUUGUUUUGUUCUUGCGGUGUGGUAUCCUGAAGCGCUGUGUGGCUAAGGAGUUGUAAGGUAAAACCAGAUUGCAGCGGUGAUUUAUGCCGUUAGCCGUUACUUGGCCGGGCAAGGAGAAACUGCUGACGCCCUCCUUGUUCCCCAUACGGUCCCCCUGCACCCCUAAAACCCUAAGGGUUGGAGACACUUCGGGGCAUUUUGUACGGCAGUGUACUGCCGGUCCAGUUGCGCCUUGAAGGGGCUGCAGCGGGUGAGCCGCCGUAGAUUCCCCCGCCCGCUGUAGGGGUUGGGUCGCUGUGGAGGUUGCUGUCCGGGGAAAGUGCCUCUGGGCCUUGUGGCCUGCAUGCUGCCACCAACUUUGCCCGUUCACGGCAAGCGAGCUCUGGAACUAAACCCACCCCCGGCUGUAAGCUUGCCUUGCUGGCUUGCGUCUACAGUAG